CAUCUACCCGACCAGUGUUCAGAAAGUUAAGGAUAGAAACGGUACCUGUACUUAGACACAUAGCCUCUCAGAAAACACCAAGACCCGUUUGGAUAGUUUCUCCUCAUUGUUUGCCGGAUAAAAACAAAGGAAAACGCUUCCCUGCAAUUGAAAAAAACAGUUUCUUUCGGAUAGCGUCCAGUAAUUUAAGAUUAUAAAAUAUUUCGACAUUCCUCUACACGUUGGACUAUAGCUGCUUCGACAUUAUAACACUUUUUUAAAAGGAUCAAAGCUUCAAGAUGUAUGGUCUUAGUUCAGAAUCAAACGUAGUUCCCGAUGCUUCAGUUUAUGCUCAGGAAUCUCUUCUAGAAGAGCAGUCGUUGUUCGACUCUCCUUUCAGUGACGCAUACAAACCAAUAAAAUCUAUCAAGAAUGACUCCUACUAUAGUAAGAAAAGACCCCUUGAAACUGAACUUGAASAACCGCUUGCUAAAAGACCAUUUGUGCCAAGCAAUGACUACCUUGAAAGAAAUUCACCGUCGCCCGCUCCCGCUCCGCAAAACUUGGCGCACGAUCGUCGAGUCAUCGUCCCAGCGGAUCCAAUGUGCUGGACCAAAGAACAUGUUCACCAGUGGAUCUUGUGGGCCAUCAAGGAAUUCAGCCUCAAGGAUAUCGAUGUCGACAAGUUUGAUAUGGACGGCCGAGAUUUAUGCCGUCUGAGAAGAGAAGAUUUUAUGAAGCUUGCCCCAGCUUACAAUGGCGACAUUCUUAUGGCACAUCUCUGCGUCCUGAGAAAAACUCCUUUGCCUAACCUGACUUCAGAUGAUAUUGACAGUGCUUUAGCCCCAGCCUCAAGUCAAGGAGCUGUAAGUUCAUAUGACUCAAGACAGCAUCCAGUUAUUACCAGUAACCCUAACGCCAUAAGGAACCAAGAGUAUGGUCCAUCUCAACGAUAUAGUGACGCAUACGACCGAAGCACUCCAACAUGGAGUCCUGCCCAACAAACAUCAAGACUUUCCCAUCUUAAAGACGGAGUUGUUCCUAACAAACAGCUAUCAGACACCCAAUCUCUUCAGAACUCCUUUACUGCCAGCCCUCUCGGCCACCGACCAGAUACCCCAUCCACUGGAAGUGGACAAAUCCAACUGUGGCAAUUUCUAUUGGAGCUGUUGUCAGACCCGAAGAACGCCAACUGUAUCGUAUGGGAAGGUGCUAAUGGUGAAUUCAAGCUAACUGACCCGGAUGAGGUUGCUAGGCGAUGGGGUGAGAGAAAGAACAAGCCAAACAUGAACUACGACAAGCUAAGCCGUGCUUUACGAUACUAUUACGACAAAAAUAUCAUGACAAAGAUUCACGGGAAAAGAUACGCUUACAAAUACGACUUCCAAGGACUUGCUCAACUCAAUCAACCAAUCACAUCUGAUGCUCAAGCGCAUGCUCAAGCCGCCUACAAAUUCACAGGCUCAGAUUUUUACGCUGGAUUCCCAAGCGCUGCUUCAUUGUACUCCCAUCCAGGUGCUAACCCAUGCUUUCAAGUGCCUUACUGGACACGAGCACCACCAGCCUACACGCAGUCAAGAGCAAUGUACCCCUCACCAAUGGCUUCUGGCAUGGGCAUGACGUACUAUGCGUAAAAAUAACUGAAUUAUAUAAACAAUUUUAUAGAUAGUUUUAUAUAUAAAUAUAUAUAAAUACAUAUAAUAUACAUACAAAUGGUUAUAUUUAUUUACGCAUUCAGGUUUAAAUGCUCUGGCUUAGAGCUUCAAAGGUACUAUUAAUUGUACUGUAUAUUUUUUAAUUCGUCGCCAUCAAACUGUAAGAUUUAAUCAUUUUCAUGUUAAAACCGCUUGUGUAAACGAGCGUUAUCAUUUCAGUUGUUUAAAAUAAGUAUCCCGAGUAACUUCCAAUUAAGCAGUAUUGGCCAUAACAAGUAACCAUUGCAGUCAGUUAAAGCGUUUACUCGGUCUGUAUAUAAAAAAAUUGAAAUAACUGAUUUAUAUCAAAAAACAAACAAACAAAAAAAACUAUUUGUGGAUUUAGAGUUCGUAUUUUUAUAAAGCAAAUUUCUAGCAAAAGUUAUCUUUAUCAGUCGAAUAUAUUUUUCUAUAAAAAUGAAUGUUCUUUUUCUAGAGUGGCAAUAAGGUGUUGCUUACCGGCUUUUUUCACAACCAACCAUACCAAGACAUUUAGGAUAUAUUUAUUGUAUAAAUGGUUUUCCACAAGACGUUUAUGGAAGUUCAAAUCAAAAAUAUAGAUAAUUUAUGAGUUAUAUUGUGGUAUGGUUGAAUGCCAUAUUUUAUUAUCAUACAAUGGUGUAAAUAAAAUACGCAAGUGAUAUAUA